AAAAGACGAAGAAGAAGAAGAAGAACACCAAAGGGUUCUGGAUUUGUGACAGUUCUGCUCCAGCUGUAAACAAGUGACUUUUUAUCCGAGUUAAGAAGAAGACUCUGCAGGGUCCGGGGGGACCGCUGCUCCCCUGCAGACCCCAUCUGGACCAGUCAUGGCCGAGAGACCGGAAACCGAGUUGGAGGAGGCUGACCAUAUCUACUUGCUCAUGAAGGAGGACUAUCGGAUAUCUCGAAAUGUGCGCUUGGCGUGGUUCCUCAAUAAACUCAAUCAGGUCAUCUGGCCUGCCUCAAAGCCUGAAGUGCUGAGCUCAGAAAAUGAGCUGGACUUGCUGAGCUUGUUACCUAAAGGAUGGCAGCUAGAGAGCCCCCCCAGCACACAGCCUUGUGUUUUAAUGCCCUCCACCCAGGCCACCUUCCUGGCCCGCAGGUACCGCUUCAUCAUUGAGCUGGACCUCAGCCCCUCUACUGGGAUUGUGGGAGGUGCUCCGGGCAUGUCUGACUGGAAAGAGACCCAAGGAUGA